AUGGCACAACAAGGAGCUCAGUAUGCAAAUCAGCCUCCACCGCCCCUUCGACCGCAAAGACAAGAUAAUUUGGAACCUCUUUAUGAGCGUUUUAGGAAGCAACGUCCUAAUGAUUUUCAUGGUGGACCUGAUCCCCUAAUUGCUGAAGAGUGGAUCAAUUCUAUAGAAAGUAUCUUUGACUACAUGGUUAUGGAAGAUGCUCAACGAGUUUCCUGUGCUAUUCAAUUACUAAAGAAUAAUGCUAGACAUUCGUGGGCAUCUAUUAAGUUGACUCCAGCUGCUACCAACGUUACUUGGAAUGGUUUCAAAGAACUGUUUUACAACAAGUACUUCAUUGAGGAAGUAAAGAAAAGUAUAGUGGCUGAGUUUGUGGGAUUAGUACAGGGUACUAUGACUGUUGAUGACUAUGUCACUAAAUUUGAAGGACUUUCAAGAUUUGUUUCAUGGAUAGUAGGUAAUGACGUGGAAAAGAUGAACUUCUUUAUUAAGGGUUUGAAAGCAGCUAUCCACAAGGAUGUGAGCAUGUUGAGGCGUCAGUCGUUCAGCAAAGUAGUUGAACUGGCUUUGAUAUAUGAGAAGGGUAUUAAGAGACAAGAAUUGGAGAGUGAAGCUACUUAUGCCGCUAAGAAUGGCCAGUGGAAACCAGGAACAACUGCAGGAAAAGGGAAACAUAAGCGAAAGUGGCAACAAAAUGCUGACAAGCGGCCUAAGACAGAUAAUUCAACUGCUAAGGAGUAUCCAAAAAUUCCUAAAUGUGGGAAAAUGCAUGGAGGAGAAUGUCAAUAUGGUACCUUUAAUUGCUACACAUGUGGAAAACUUGGUCACAUUGCUGUAAAUUGUGGAGUUAAGCCCAAUGGUCAGAAGAAGACUUAA